UGCGCACACUGGGCGGGGAAGGGGGAGGCGGUGGCCCGUGACGGGAGCGGAACCCGGGAGAUGUCCCAGAGGAAGCGCAGCAAAGGGGCGGCCUUCAGCCAGGGGGAUGAUGGCGACGACGAUUUUAGCGUGAGCCAGACGCAGACGCACAGCCAGGUGCAGAGGAACCUGCAGAGGCGCUCCCGGGAUGAAGUGAAUCGGAAGGUGAGUGAGCUAGUUCAGUUCCUGCUAGUGAAGGACCAGAAGAAGAUCCCCAUCAAGAGAGUCGACAUCCUGAAAAAAGUCAUCAGGGAAUACAAAGACGUCUACUCCGAGAUCGUCAACCAGGCAGGCAGGACCCUGCAGCAGGUGUUCGGGCUGCAGCUGGUGGAGAUCGACACCAAACACCACGUCUACAUCCUCACCAGCAACCUGCCGCGCGUCGAGGGGGAGAACCUGAGGCGGGACAACCAGACAGCCAAGCUGGGCCUCCUCACCAUCAUCCUGAGCUUCAUCUUCAUGAAGGGCAACUCGGCCAAAGACAGUGCUGUAUGGGAAUUUCUCCGCCGGCUCCGGGUGCAGCCAGGGGAGAAGCACGAGGUGUUUGGGGACGUCAAGAAGCUGGUGACGGAGGAGUUUGUGCGGCAGAAGUACCUGGAGAUCACCCCCAUCCCCCUGACGGACCCCCCCGAGUUCAGUUUCCAGUGGGGGCCGCGGGCCGCCAAGGAGACCUCCAAGAAGGACAUGCUGAAAUUUGUGGCAAAGAUCCAAGAAAAGGAACCCAGCUUCUGGACGAGUCAAUACAACGAGGCCACAGCCAACCCCUGAACCUCCUCUUAAAUAAAAGCGUAUUUUGGGGGUGCAGCGGCCCCCCCAAUACA